GUUCUACUGAACAUUCGUAUAUGUUCAAACUGCGUGUAAGGGACACUCGUUGUUAGAAAUCCGUCGCGUCGGUUGAAUACAAGAAACUUCUCUUAUCACGAUGAGCGAGAUUGAUCACACAUUUUGGGGUGAUAAAUUUGAACCUCAACAGUAUCAAAUAUCGACGUGGCUACAUUAAAAGAAUCACAAGAAAAAAUCAAAGAUAUGGUAGAGGAUGUCUCAAAAUGCAGCAAACAUUUGAGUACAUAUGUGAUAGGAUUUUCGGGCCACCUAUAAAAGGGGAAAAACCAGAAGAAGCUACAUCGGAAGUUCAAAAUAAUAUAGCAAGCACAACUAGCAGAGAACAAUUGGAAAAACAAGUGACCGACAGUACGCCGAGUGAGAUCGACAAUGAAAAGAGCGAGCUGAUGAACAAAUAUCUUCAGUUUGACGAGAUAAUGUACCAGGAUGAAAUUAUAAAAAUUAGAAAUCAAAUCGAAGAUUGUUGGAGCCAACAUUAUCGCAACACGAGACAAGUGCAGCUUGCUGUAAAAAGAGAAUACUUCACUAAUAUAAUUAGUCUGAUCAACAAUUUUUUGAAAUGUGAGGACGAAGUGUUGAAGUUUAAGAUUGAGAGAGAAGAAAUUAGAACAAAAGUAAAACCGAUGCACGUCGAGUUGAUCAAUAUGUCGCGUGAAAUCGAUCAUGACAAGUGCAAGCUAUUGAUCGAUAAUAGAUAUCUUCAGUUUGUCGAAAUGAUACGCAAGGAAGAAAUUAAAAGAAUUUUUGUUCAACUCCAAACGUAUCGCAACAAUAUGCCAAAUAAACAAGUAGAUCAUAUUAAGUAUAAAAAUAUCAUCCUGCAAAGAAUUGAAACAAUAAAAAAUAUUUUAGGUCUGAGUGAUCAAGUAAUAGAUUUUAACCUUCAGCUAAAAGAAAAGGCAACAAAUGUGGAAACGAAUGACGUCGAGACAUCAAAUAUGUCCAACAAUGCUGAUAAUUUAAGGAUUACUUUGCAGAAGAACAAUAAAAAUCUGUGGUACCUCGCGAAGACGCAUCAGAAAAGGAUUAAUAAAGUUUAUAAUAAACUUGAAAGAUAUUGCAACAAUUAUUGCACCGAUGACGUUGAGGAGACCAAUAACGUGCUGAGUGGCAUCGAUGAAGAAGGGCUGACGAGGGACAACAAAAACCUUCGGUCCUUUGCAAGGGACUUUGAAGCAGAAUUUAAUAAAAUUUAUAAAGACCUUUUAAUACAUUGCAACAAAUAUGCUAUGUCAAAUAAAAACGUGCCGAUUGUUAUGCAUACGGAAGGAUAUGACCCAGUCUUUAAAAUUAAUAACGUAGAAAACAAACUGAAGAAGGAGAACGAAUAUCUUGCGUUCGUCGCAAUGAUGCAUCUGGAAAAGAUGAGGGAAAUACUUUUUUUCUUCGAAAUGUUUCGCAAAAGAUUUUGUGAUACAAUUGAAGAGAUUACUAAGACUGAUUCUUUCUUGAAUCAGCAAGUGUAUAUGACUAACGAAAUUUCUUUUAUAAAAGAACAGAUUGCCAUACAGAAGGAAUUAUUGGACAAGUUUGCGGAGAUCCAUGUAAUAAAAUUGCGCUAAUUAUUGAGUUUAUAUAAAUGACUUACCGAGAAACGGCAAAAUGAAGAAACUGAAAGCGACAUGAUUUGUUACUCAUUAACGCAACAAAUCAAACGCUAUCACUCAUUGCUUUCAUAAUUACAAUAACAAACAGAACGUAUUUGUAAAUGUUUUUGCAUGUAAUUACUCACAAUUUAUUACAUAUCAAGAAGAAAUUUUAACAAACUCUAUAAUUUUAUUUAGAUAUAUUUAUAUUUCAUUGUAAUAAUCCCUGAAUUAUAAUCGUUAUUACCUACUAGAACAAAUAUUUCUUUCAUUAUAAUACAUUUAAAUUAAUAUAAGAAUUAUCGCACUUUAUAUAAGGUUUAUUAUAUUAUAAAAUUUAUUUCGAAUCCAAAAAGACGGUUCUUUUAGUAAUAAUCUCAAAUGUCAGGUCACCCUAGUGUUAUAAUUAUAUGUUUAUUUUUGUCGUUCUACUGAACAUUCGUAUAUGUUUAAACUGCGUGCAAGGGACACUCGUUGUUAGAAAUCCGUCGCGUCGGUUGAAUACAAGAAACUUCUCUUAUCACGAUGAGCGAGAUUGAUCACACAUUUUGGGAUAAAAUAAUCAAAUAUCAAACAAAUGAUACUACUGACGAGGAUAUAUUAUUAUUUUUAAUAGAUGAGAUAAAAAUAUGAAAAAGGAUCUCUCAGUAAUACAACAAGAAUUUGAAGAAAUAUAUAAUAUCAGUUUCCAGACAGGCAGAAAACAAGAAAAAGUGAAGGAAGAUAUAAUGGAAGAAGUUGAACGUAAUAUAGCAUGCACAACUACUUCUACUGCCACCCAAAAACACCUUGAAAAAGAUAGCAACUCUUCGAAAGACCUUCAGGCUUUGGAACAAUUGAAGGACGAAAUUACAGAGAAAUUAGAAAAGAUAGACUUAACGAAACCACAAAUGACUGAUAAUAUGCCGAGUGAAAUCGACGACGAAAAGAGCGAGACGAUGAAAGAUAACAAAUAUCUUCAGUUUAUGGAGAUAGUAUAUCACAGUGAGAUUCAAAGAGUUAUUGCUCAAAUUAAAAAUUAUAUCGUCUUCUUCUAUUUCAAAAAUAAAGAUAAUAACUGGAAUAUCUUUAAUAUGAGAACAGAAUACGUCAUGCAUCAAAAUAAUCUGGUAAACAAAUUUUUGGAACUUGCAGACAAAAUGUUGAAAUUUAAGCUCGAGAAACGGCGAAUAAUAAAAGAAAAGAAAACCAUUCACGUCAAGAGCAAUAUGCCAUGUGAAAUCGAUUACGAAAAGAGAAAACUGAUGACAAACCAUAAAUAUCUUUGGUUUGUUAUCAAGAUACAACAGAAAGAGGUUAAUAGAAUUUUUGUUCAACUCCAAACAUAUUGCGACAGAUACAAUAUGCCAAAUAAAGAAGAAAAUAUCGCUGCGCAUAGAGAUUUCAUCGUACAGAGAAUUAAAUUAAUGGAAAAGGCUUCAAAGAAAAAAUUAAUAGCCUUUAACUUUCAGAUAGAGCUGGAUGCAAUGAAUAUGGAAACUAAUGAUGUCGAGACAUCUAACAUAUCGAGCAAGAGUGAUAUCAAGAAUACGUUGAUGAAGCACAACAAAUAUCUUCGGUACAUCGCGAUGAAGCAUCAGAAAGAGAUUGAUAGAGUUUAUGCUGAACUUCAAAUAUAUUGCGACAGAUAUAUGGUUAUUGUAAAUAUUGCUAUGUGCUUGAAUUUCGGAGCAGAUGACGUUGAGAAGACCAAUAGGUCGAGUGAAAUCGAUGAAAACAGCGAGCUGAGGGAUAACAAUGAAAAUCUUCAGUGCUUCCUAAAGAUGCAUCAAGAAGAGUUUAUUAAAAUUUUAGAUCAACUUAAAAUGUAUAGGGACAAUAUGCUAAAGGAAACCUUAACAAUUAUUAUUCACGCGGAAUCGUAUGACCCUAUGAAAACUAAUGACGAAGAAAAUAAACUUAAGAUAGACAACAAAUAUCUUGCGUUUAUCGCGAUGAUGCAUCUGGAGAAGAUAAAGGAAAUAUGUGCUUCCUUUGAAAUGUAUCGCGAUAGAUUCGAUGAAACAAUGGAGAAUAUUCUUGACGUUUUCUGGAUGCAGGCAUUGAUUAUAACUAAGGACAUUGAAUUAAUACAAAAUUUGAUUCCUCGACUGCAGAAGGAGUUAGAAUUAAUGAAAAUGUGUAUAAAAUUAUCUUAUUUAAUAUAAGGAUUCAGUGUGCUGAAUUUUGACGAAAUGUAAUUGAGAAAUGGCAAUUAGACGAGAAAUGGCAAAAUAAUGUAAUUGAUCAAAUAUAUAUAUUAAUAUAUUUGUUAAAAUAUACAUAUAUUUAUUAAGAUAUUUUUAAUGUAAUAAUUCACAGUUUAUUAUCGAACGAAUUAUCUUAACAGAUUCUAUCGAUAGCGACGAAGCAUACCGAAUUAUAGUAAUUAGUAAUCGUAAAGCGUAUAUUUAUUCACUUUGAAACAUAUCGCUCAUGUGAUCAUCUAUUUUAUUUUUCUUAAUAUUUUCAAACAUAUA